AAUUUCCAGCCUCUCGCGCACACGGCCGCCGGCUCUGAUCUCUUUAUCCACGUGGCCCCCUCCCAGUGGGCACCUCACCACCACCUGUCGACCUCCUCAUCCCCAGCGGUGCGGUGCCCCCCGGCCCCUCCCCAGUGCCACUGUCUCGUCGGCUCGUCGCUCCGUAGACCCCGCGCCUCCGCCUCCCCGCCACUCGCCGGAGGCUGCCGCCAUCGUUAUGCCAUGGCCGUCAUCCUCUCCUCCGCGGCGCCAACGAUACUGACUCGUCCCACGCGCCCUCGGAGGCAGCCGAGGAGCGGCCUCCGCGGGGGCCUCGCGCGCCUCUCAGCUGCGCUCGGCCUCGCGCACGCGGGCGCCGGCGCCGGCGCCGCACUCGCCGCGCCGCUCUCCUACGAGGAGAUGCUGCGCCUCUCGUCCGACUCCGGCGGUGAUGUUGGCGGGUUCGCGCUCCCGGAGCUCGGCCUCGACGGGCUCGUUGACUUCGUCAACGAUAACCCUCUCGUCGUCGCGGCAGGCGUCGCGGCCAUCGCAGUGCCGCUUCUCCUUGCGCAGCUUCUCGGCGGAGGCGGCAGCUCCAAGCCCUACUCCGUCCUGUCCGCCAAGGCGGCCUACCAGCGGCUGCUCGAGGAGCCCGACGCGCAGCUCGUCGACAUCAGGCCGCUCAAGGAUGCACGAGAGGCCGGCACGCCUGAUCUCAAGGAGGCUAAGAAGAAGGCUGCUGCCGUACCUUACAACGGGGAGGACAAAAACGGAUUCUUGAAAAAGUUGACACUAAAGUUCAAGGACCCGGAGAACACCACGCUGAUCAUCCUUGACAAAUUUGAUGGGAACUCCGAACUAGUUGCUGAGCUUGUGACAGCCAAUGGUUACAAAGCUGCUUUUGCAGUGAAGGAUGGUGCAGAAGGAAGCCGAGGAUGGAAGAGCAGUAACCUUCCCUGGAAGGCUCCGCCAAAAGGAUUCAGCUUUGACUUGGGCGAAUUAUUUGGGGAUGGUUCAGAUGGUUUGCCUGUGACAAUUGGUCUCGCUGCAGCUACUGGUUUGGGAGUACUUGCCUACACAGAGAUUGAAACUUUGCUACAGUUUUUGGGGUCAGCUGCUGUUGUUCAGCUAGUGGUAACCAAACUCUUGUAUGCCGAGGAUCGACAAAAGACACUUAAACAGAUCGAUGAGUUCUUUAACAAGAAGGUUGCUCCGAAGGAGCUUAUUGACGAAAUAAAGGAAAUCGGGCAGGCUCUACUACCUUUACCUGGCGAUGCUAAAAGCCAACCAGCACUAGCAACAGCGACUCAAGUUGCUGCCACACAAACAGCUGCACCAGCAGAGGACGCUACCGCAGAAGCCACCACGGAAUCAGAUCCUGCAACGCCAACACCUCUUUCACCUUAUACAAAUUACCCAGAUCUCAAGCCGCCAUCAACCCCUACGCCACCGUCAGUGGAGUCUGAAGUCGAGACGAAGGCUAGCAGCACCGUGACUGAAGGACCAGCAGUGGUCAAUUCUGCACCUAUAGCAGACGCUGCCACGGGAUCAUCUCCUGCCACUACUAGGCCCAGACCUCAGUCACCAUACCCUAAUUAUCCAGAUUUCAAGCCACCAUCCUCGCCUUCACCGUCAGCACCUUAAUUUGGCAAGAGUACAAGAAACCGGGUCUAGAGGAUAUUAAAGAAGUUGAGUUGUUCAUAUGGAGCCGGCAUCUCACUAGAGGUGUAUGUUGUACUAUGAGCGUGACAGUGUGGCUAAGUCACUGUGGCGAGUUUUCUGCAGCAGUAAAUAUAUGAUGUAAUGUUCAUUAGUUAUCAAUGUGCUAUGAUUUUCUUUUUGUUGUCUUAUUUUCGAUACAUGUAAAUGUCGAAUAACUAGCCGUGAGAAUUGAGAGUUCAAGCCUAUAGAGCUUGAUAUGUUUGAUCAAAGUAAAUGUAUCUUCUUAAAAACAUGAAAGUCAGGUGCUUUCUUUUUUUAUCCUCUAUAAAAAGCACAAAGUGAUGGUGAUGGUUUUCUGUAA